AUGAAUCUACAUAAUAAUCAAGAACUUAGCGAUCUACUCGAUCUCAAUGCAGUAAAAAGUCGAACUCGUUUUCCAAAUAGUAUUAUUGAAUCAUCUUCUCGACAUCCUUCAGUACCUAUGUUACGUUCAACUAAUCCCUAUUCUAGUAUACCCUCUGAAACAAUAUAUAGUAAUACAAAUAAAGAUUAUUGGAAUCAUUGUCCAUCAUCAUCAACUACGUAUAAUGAUGGAAUUUAUGAUGGAACUCAUAGUAAUCGAGAUAUUCUUCAUCCAUUUAUAACAACUGAGCCAUUGAAUAAUAUUUCAUCAAAUCUCACUUCACGAUCUACAACUAAUGAUAUAUCAUAUUCAGGUUUAUAA